AUGGCCAGGCCGGGGAGCGCCCGAGAGCCGCCGCUCCUGGCGCUGCUGCCGCCGCUGUUGGUGCUGGUGCAAGCGGGCGCGGCGGGCGCGGCGGGCUCGGUGCGCCUGGCGGGCGGCCUCACGCUGGGCGGCCUGUUCCCGGUGCACGCGCGGGGCGCUGCGGGCAGGGCGUGCGGGCAGCUGAAGAAGGAGCAGGGCGUGCACCGGCUGGAGGCCAUGCUGUACGCGCUGGACCGCGUGAACGCCGACCCUGCGCUGCUGCCCGGCGUGCGCCUGGGCGCGCGGCUGCUCGACACCUGCUCUCGGGACACGUACGCGCUGGAGCAGGCGCUGACCUUCGUGCAGGCGCUGAUCCAGGGCCGCGGCGACGGCGACGAGGGGGCAGUGCGCUGCCCCGGAGGCGUCCCUCCGCUGCGCGCCGCGCCCCCCGAGCGGGUCGUGGCUGUCGUCGGCGCGUCGGCCAGCUCCGUCUCCAUCAUGGUCGCCAAUGUGCUUCGCCUGUUUGCGAUACCCCAGAUCAGCUACGCGUCCACAGCCCCUGAGCUCAGCGACUCCACACGCUAUGACUUCUUCUCCCGAGUCGUGCCACCUGACUCCUACCAGGCCCAGGCCAUGGUGGACAUCGUGAGGGCGCUGGGAUGGAACUACGUGUCCACACUGGCCUCCGAGGGCAACUAUGGCGAGAGUGGGGUUGAGGCCUUUGUGCAGAUCUCCCGGGAGGCUGGGGGGGUCUGUAUUGCCCAGUCCAUCAAGAUUCCUAGGGAACCAAAGCCAGGAGAAUUCAACAAGGUGAUCAAGAGAUUAAUGGAGACGCCCAAUGCCCGGGGCAUCAUCAUCUUUGCCAACGAGGAUGACAUCAGGAGGGUACUGGAGGCCGCACGCCAGGCCAACCUGACGGGUCACUUCCUAUGGGUCGGCUCUGACAGCUGGGGAGCCAAGACCUCACCCAUCCUGAACCUGGAGGAUGUGGCCGUGGGGGCCAUCACCAUCCUGCCCAAAAGGGCUUCCAUAGAUGGAUUUGACCAGUACUUCAUGACCCGCUCCCUGGAGAACAACCGCCGGAACAUCUGGUUUGCCGAGUUCUGGGAAGAGAAUUUCAACUGCAAACUGAUCAGCUCAGGUACCCAGUCCGACGACUCCGCCCGCAAAUGCACAGGUGAGGAACGCAUCGGCCGGGACUCUACCUACGAGCAGGAGGGGAAGGUGCAGUUUGUGAUCGAUGCUGUGUACGCCAUUGCCCACGCCCUCCACAGCAUGCACCAAGCACUCUGCCCGGGGCUCACGGGCCUGUGCCCCGCGAUGGAGACCACCGAUGGGCGGAUGCUGCUGCAGUAUAUUCGAGCUGUCCGCUUCAAUGGCAGCGCGGGGACCCCGGUGAUGUUCAACGAGAACGGGGAUGCGCCUGGGCGCUAUGACAUCUUCCAGUACCAGGCGGCCAACGGCAGUGCGGGCAGCGGUGGCUACCAGGCCGUGGGCCAGUGGGCAGAGACUCUCAGGCUGGACGUGGAAGCUCUCCAGUGGUCGGGAGACACCCGCGAGGUGCCUGGGUCCCAGUGCAGCCUCCCCUGUGGGCCCGGUGAGCGGAAAAAGAUGGUGAAGGGCGUCCCCUGCUGCUGGCACUGCGAGGCCUGUGACGGGUACCGCUUCCAGGUGGACGAGUUCACGUGCGAGGCCUGCCCCGGGGACAUGCGGCCCACGCGCAACCACACGGGCUGCCGCCCCACGCCCAUCGUGCGCCUGACCUGGUCCUCGCCCUGGGCCGCGCCGCCACUCCUGCUGGCUGUGCUGGGCAGCAUGGCCACCACCACCGUGGUGGCCACCUUUGUGCGGCACAACGACACGCCGAUCGUCCGCGCCUCGGGCCGCGAGCUCAGUUAUGUGCUGCUCACCGGCAUCUUCCUCAUCUACGCCAUCACCUUCCUCAUGGUGGCCGAGCCCGGCGCGGCAGUGUGCGCCGGCCGCAGGCUCUUCCUCGGCCUUGGCACCACGCUCAGCUACUCGGCCUUGCUCACCAAGACCAACCGCAUCUACCGCAUCUUCGAGCAGGGGAAGCGCUCCGUCACGCCGCCGCCCUUCAUCAGCCCCACCUCGCAGCUCGUCAUCACCUUCAGCCUCACCUCCGUGCAGGUGGUGGGAGUAAUGGCCUGGCUGGGGGCCCAGCCCCCACACAGUGUGAUUGACUACGAAGAGCAACGGACCGUGGACCCGGAGCAGGCCAGAGGGGUGCUCAAGUGCGACAUGUCAGAUCUGUCCCUCAUCGGCUGCCUGGGCUACAGCCUCCUACUCAUGGUCACAUGCACAGUGUAUGCCAUCAAGGCCCGCGGUGUGCCCGAGACCUUCAAUGAGGCCAAGCCCAUAGGCUUUACCAUGUACACCACCUGCAUCAUCUGGCUAGCUUUUGUGCCUAUCUUCUUUGGUACCGCCCAGUCAGCUGAGAAGAUCUACAUCCAAACCACCACACUGACUGUGUCCUUGAGCCUGAGUGCAUCGGUGUCCCUCGGCAUGCUCUAUGUGCCCAAGACCUACGUCAUCCUGUUCCACCCGGAGCAGAAUGUGCAGAAGCGGAAGCGAAGUCUCAAGGCGACCUCCACAGUGGCAGCCCCACCCAAGGGCGAGGACACGGAGGCCCCCAAGUAGUGAGUGGGGGAUGAGUGGGAUGGUUGCUCCCUCUCUUCUGCUCUUUUCUUUCCCUUGCUUCACCAUGGAAGCUGUGAAAAGUCCAGGUCUGCAGUGAG